CGGCUGGUAAAUAAAGAAAUGAACUAACAAAUUAGGCGCUGAACAUGACCCACGAUAGGCGAAAACCUAGCAGACAGGAUUCAAAUUUCAGAAUCUCAAACAGAGCAAACCGAUCCAUGUCGAGCGGGGGGGUCAUAGUGGAUCUCCAUAGAAACUCCACCAACUGGGCCAAGGUGGUCGAUGACAUAGUUAAAUUAGAGAGAAAGAUAUUUCCCAAGCAUGAGUCGCUUGCUAGAUCCUUCGACGAAGAGCUGGGAAAGAAGAACACCGGAUUGAUUUACAUGGACGUGGACGGAGAAGUUGUUGGCUAUGCAAUGUAUUCUUGGCCUUCUUCCAUGUACGCUUGUGUCACCAAGCUCGCAGUGAAGGAGAAUUGUAGGAGGCAAGGGCAUGGAGAGGCACUGUUGAAAGCAGCAAUUCAAAAAUGCAGAACCAGAAAUGUGCACCGCAUUUCACUUCAUGUUGAUCCCUUGAGGAGUCCUGCUAUUAGUCUCUACAAGAAGUUUGGUUUCCAAGUCGAUAACCUGAUAGAAGGUUACUACUCCUCUGAUCGAAAUGCCUAUAGAAUGUACUUGGAUUUUGAUGCUGAUUAGGUUAAAUGGAGGUCAAAACUUGGUUCAAAGUUGAAUAGUAAUUACUGAACAUUUUUGAAACAGCGUCGACAUAUCUGAACAAGAUGAUCAUUCAAUGAAUGUCAUUGUGACAUGAUGAGAAGUAUCUGAUCCAUGAAGCAGGGAAA